GGCAGAGGGCACGGGGGCGGGGCUGCGUGGGGGUCGCGUCUGGCCGCCGGGCAAGGAGGUGCUGAGGGGACGGGCGGCUGCUGGGGGCCCAGACCCGCGGCGCGUAGCCGGCGGAACUGACGGCUGGAGGCGGGGCUGGAGCUCCGGGCCGGGAUCACCCAGGAGGCGGAGCGGGCGGCUGUGGGGGCCCGGCGCUUCGCGUCGCGGAAGCGGCGGGCGUAACGCAGGCACCAUGACCCCCACGGGGACCCAGCAUUCCUUGGCCGGUCAGACCUAUGCAGUGCCCCUCAUUCAGCCAGACCUGCGGCGAGAGGAGGCCAUCCAGCAGGUGGCGGAUGCCCUGCAGUACCUACAGAAGGUUUCUGGAGACAUCUUCAGCAGGAUCUCCCAGCGAGUAGAGCUCAGCCGGAGUCAGCUGCAGGCCAUCGGGGAGAGGGUGUCCUUGGCCCAGGCCAAGAUCGAGAAGAUCAAGGGCAGCAAGAAAGCCAUCAAGGUGUUCUCUAGCGCCAAGUACCCUGCCCCUGAGCGCCUGCAGGAGUAUGGCUCCAUCUUCACGGGGGCCCAGGACCCCGGCCUGCAGAGGCGUCCCCGCCACAGGAUCCAGAGCAAGCACCGCCCCCUGGACGAGCGGGCCCUGCAGGAGAAGCUGAAAUUCUUCCCCGUGUGUGUGAACACCAAGCUGGAGCCUGAAGACGAGGCUGAGGAAGGGCUGGGCGGGCUCCCCAGCAACAUCAGCUCUGUCAGCUCCCUGCUGCUCUUCAACACCACCGAGAACCUGUACAAGAAGUAUGUCUUCCUGGACCCCCUGGCCGGUGCCGUCACAAAGACCCACGUGAUGCUGGGGGCCGAGACAGAGGAGAAGCUGUUCGAUGCCCCUUUGUCCAUCAGCAGGAGAGAGCAGCUGGAGCGGCAGGUCCCGGAGAACUACUUCUACGUGCCCGACCUGGGCCAGGUGCCGGACAUCGACGUACCGUCCUACCUGCCUGACCUGCCAGGCGUGGCUGACGACCUCAUGUACAGCGCUGAUCUGGGCCCUGGCAUCGCCCCCUCUGCCCCUGGCGCCAUUCCCGAGCUGCCCACCUUCCACACAGAGGUGACCCAGCCCUUCAAGCCAGACCUCGAGGAUGGGGUGCUGACGGCACGCCCACCGCCCCCGCCACCUCCACCGCCUCCCCCAGCUCCAGCCGUGCUGAUCAGUGUCCCCCCACCUCCGCCCCCGCCACAGGCCCCGCCAGGACAGCCCGCCAGGGGGGACGACAGCGGGGGUGCAUCCCCUUCAGCCCCGGUCCAAGGAGCACCCAAGGAAGUGGUUGACCCCUCCAGUGGCCGGGCCACUCUGCUAGAGUCCAUCCGCCAGGCCGGGGGCAUCGGCAAGGCCAAGCUCCGCAGUGUCAAGGAGCGCAAGCUGGAGAAGAAGAAGCAGAAGGAGCAGGAGCAAGUGAGAGCCACCAGCCAGGGCGGGGACCUGAUGUCGGACCUUUUCAACAAGCUGGCCAUGAGGCGCAAAGAUGCGGACAUCUCUUAGAACACAAGAAAGUAAAAAGGCAAACUGUGAAACCGAAAACAAACCAAGAAAGCCUGGCUACCUGUCAAACUCAAAGCACAACUGCACAGAGCAGAGCUGGCUCCCAAGUGGCUUUCCACGCCUAGUGACCACACUGCCUUGGUGGGGCGCUUCAAGGGCAAAGAAUAAACGCAGGUAAACGAAUUCAAGCCACAGUUUGUUCGAGUGUUGGUAUAAUUUUACAACUGUUCUAAGUACCUUGUGGGACAGAGCAAAGAAUGAUGUUAAUGUGCUGUAAAAAACCAAACUGCAGCUUAACAGGCAUUGUGUAAAGUCAAGUAAAAUGACUGGCUUUGAUACAGAAACAUCACUGUGGAUUCGCAACUUCUGAAAACUAAGUCCUAAGUCUGUCCACUGAAGAGCGGUCAUAUAUAACAUAGUCACGUAACGGAAUAAAGCGCAGCCCGAGUUGGGCAGGAUAAAUGCCAAUUUGCUGACAAAGAAAAACGUUUAAGAUGUUUGCUGCUGAGUGAAAAAAGCAAAUGACAAUAGCAGUGUGUGGAGACACCAUUUUUGUUUUCAAAAUGUGUCUGUAUAUCUGUAACAAUUACAUAUUCAAAUUCUGUAGUAAUGAUGUACACCAAAAGCAGUCUUUUCCUGGUGGAAUUACGAUCUACUAU